AUGAGCGCACUGCCCAUGUUCUGGAAUGCCGCCAGCGCUGUGCACCCGGAUGCCCAUGGGAAACUUGUUGAGCCCAUGCUGCGAGACCAGCUCGCCCGCCCGCGACCACCAUGA